CCUGGUCCCGCCGCCUCUCCUCCUCCUCCUCCUCUUCCUUCAAACAUGGCGCCCGUCCAUGACCGGCCAGGCUUCUGGGGAGAGCCCACCUCCACUUUGGACUGGUGCGAGGAGAAUUACGCCGUGUCCUAUUACAUCGCCGAGUUCUGGAAUACAGUAAGUAACCUGAUUAUGAUUCUACCUCCCAUCUAUGGUGCGAUUCAGACUGUAAAAGAUGGCCUUGAAACCCGCUACUUAGCUGCAUUUUUGGGUCUUGCAGCUGUGGGAAUAGGGUCCUGGUGCUUCCACAUGACAUUAAAGUAUGAAAUGCAGUUGUUGGAUGAACUUCCCAUGAUCUACAGCUGCUGUAUAUUUGUCUACUGCCUGUACGAAUGCUUCAAACACAAGAACACACGCAACUACCUUCUAGCUUUUAUACUGGUACUAUUCAGUGGGCUAGUGACCAUAGUAUAUCUCCAGUGGAAGGAGCCAGUGUUUCACCAGGUCAUGUAUGGCUUUCUAGUCGGCUGCCUAGUCCUACGAUCAGUAUAUAUUGUCACGUGGGUUUAUCCUUGGCUGAGGCCCCUUGCCUAUACAUCACUCGGGGUAUUUCUGAUGGGCUUUAUUCUCUGGAAUGUAGACAACAUCUUCUGCGGUAAUUUGAGGGAUAUCCGGCAAAAGUUACCAUUCCAUCUGCUAGGUGCCAUAACGCAGUUUCACGCUUGGUGGCACAUUCUAACAGGCCUUGGCUCCUAUUUGCACAUUCUCUUCAGUAUGUAUACAAGAACUCUAUACUUGAAAUAUAGACCUAAAGUGAAGUUUCUGCUUGGUGUGUGGCCUGUUAUUUGGGUGGAACCUCCUCCUAAGAAGCACUAAAAAACUUCAGAAAUUAAAAUCUCUGGUAAAGAGCAAGCUGCUCUUCAGCACUGAGAGCUGUUUCAUCUGAUUCUGUGGAGCAAGUGUUCAUGAGUAAAAAGGUUUGAACUGAAUCAUGAAGAGAAGAAACACACUGAUAAAUUUCAAUCAUGCUGAGUUUUUGUAUUUAUUUUUUUAAAAUGCUGCCAGGUGUAGUAGAAUAACAUGGGAGGUUAUUAUGUACAAGGGGAAAUAAGGAAUAUUGCAGCUUGUAUGAUGACGUUUGGGUGGUCUCUAAUAACACUCUGAUAACCGAUUUAAUCUGAGAGCAGCUAAUCUUCUUUUGGAUUUUGUAUACGUGGCCAAAAUAUUGAACAAAUUAUGGACUGAAACUCACUGCUUCACUGUUCCUUAUAACAUUUUUCUGUUUGCGUCUUGCUGUCAAUUCUGCCCGUCUAAUGGUUUAAAGAAUUUGUUUCACAAGAUUUACGAUUAAGUCUCUCCAUGGGCCCUCAACACCAGAGGUGUGCAAUGAGCAAUACCUCAACACAGAGUUGCAAACACAUACAAUGAAGGGCACGCAGAGGCCAUUCCAGAUCUUGGGAGCGGGGGACUUACGUAGCUCAUCCCCAAACAGUUGUGGGGGGAUGGUGGGUGGGGUGAAGAACAAUGGAACCAUACCCCUCCUAUCAUCUCCCCUCAUCUCCUACUCUGACACUUUCCUCCUGAUCAUUUUAAUGCCAUUCAUACAGCAGGUUACCAAAUUUCAGUAUUGUGUGAGAUAUUUUGAAGUUGAGCUGGGUGUGGAGGGCUAGUCGGGGUGACUCCAGGACUGUGCAAUUUGAGUGAGAAUGAAUGUCAUCGCUGCCCCGCUCAGUAACCAGUUAAACAGUAACAGUGGGGGUGGAAAACACUAUAGGGCUAUUGUUUUCUAAGAGUUUAAUCAGUUUGUGCUGGUCACAGAAAAAACUGAAAAUCGUGUGCGUGCGUUUGGAUUAUAUUUAAACUGCAUAUCGUGUUUGCUCUUCUUUCAGUAACCUUUUAUAUUGGAGUUUUAUAGCUAAAAUUUGUGUCCUUCAUUAGAGUCCUACAAUUCAAUGGGGAUUCUCCCGUUCUGCAGCCAAACCCAUCAGGGGAUCAUCAGAAAAUGUAAAUGCCAUUUCCAUAGGAAUUCCCCAGGGAGGCAGCAGGAGAUUGGGCGAGUACCCAGCAGAAUUUCAGGGCAUGGGUGAGUUUAUUUAUGAAGCUGGAAAUGUGGCCCCCACAUACAUUACUUAUGAAUUUGGCAGCCCUGCUCUUGUGGUCAUGUUAAUAUUCAGGCCUGGAUUUUGUUGUACUUGAUUUAUACUUGAUUGGCCUUUUUCCCCUCUCCUUAAUGCCCUUUCCCAUCACACUUCACUUCACCAUGUCAAUUCUGAUCAUGCAGGUUACAUAUCAUUCCAGGCUGCCCUCCAGGCAGUGCACUAAAGUUAUUUUUUCAUGGGUGUCUAAAGCCCAUGGCCUGAUGCAAGGGGUGAAUUGGCCUCAAUUCUGGUACAUCUCCAGUUCAGCAAGCCAAAUGUCACCUUACGUGGUAAUGUGAAGGUUUGAAAGCUCCAGCCAAUGGUCCAUCACCCCAUAUUACCACCUGUUAGCUGCUGUGAAAUAGGACCUGCAACACACAGCCUGUCCAUCUGUAUUUGUAAAGAAAUGAAACAGGCCACUAUCUGGGGUAUUCUCAUGUAUUGUAAAAUCUGCCAUUCUAUCCACUUUAGCCAAGGGAACCAAGCAUUCCAGGUUCCUAAUAUUUUCCAGCUCAGUGGUUCCCUGAGGGUUUAUUGAUUUGGGAUGGGACUUUCAUGAGGAGGUGGUUUUAUGUUACAUCAGUGUAGCAAACAGUUCCCCAGUAGCCCUGUAGACUGCACCCCUUAGUGUUAAUGAGCCCAGUGCCUUUAUCCCAGCUACGUUCUGUCUUUUAAGAGACUGAGCUAUGAUUAAGAGUAAUUUCAUACAGUCAGCAUUGCCAUCAAUCCAGUUAAGGGUGAUGUUGAAAGCAAGCUAAAUUUCUCAGUACAUGCCAGUGAGGAUUGCACAGGGAUUUUCCAGGGAAGCCAUGAGAUGAAUGCCUUGUCAAUUGCAAUGUUGACAUAAAGUUCCUGUUGUUGGUACCAAUGGUUGAUGGUACUAAUGCAGUAAUAUUAUGUGUGUCUUUGGGUUGUUAAUACCACCUUCUGGACUUUUAAUUUUGUAUUAUUUGCAGGUGAACGUCAUACAGGAAAGUCUGAAGGUCAUUACUGUAGACACAUGGACCAAAUGUUAAGUCCAGAAAGAUUUCUCUUUCUCCCAACACUACCCUUCCCCUCCCCCAUCACCCUCCCACUCCUGUGCAAUAAAUCACAGUGACCAUUCUCUUAGUUCAUAAAAUUCAUACUCUAGACAAGGGGUUUAAAUCAGUAACCAAUGUCACCCUGGUUCAGCUUUCCCACCUCCAGCUUCAGACUCGUAACUAACAGCCAGGAGAGAAGCAGCUUUUAAAAAGUACACUUGCCAAUUAUAAGACAAAGUCAUAAUUCAGUUUAGUAAAAGAUCUUUCCACUAAUAACAAAAGUAUGACUAGCCAAGUACAAUUUGACUGCGUUUGUUGCCUAACUGUUAGCUUCACUGAUGGGACACGACUGUGGAAUAAGGACAGAUUGUUCUUCAAUUUUUCAUCAUUGUCUGUGUGAGAACUAUGUUACUAUUGAACUAAAUGCGUUGCUGAGUUUUGGAUCAUCUUUGUUUUUAAAUUUGUGUUUAAGAUGCUGCUGGGUUUAAGUUGGGUGAUGUGGGGAGAGAGCAUGACUUAUUUUGGAGCAAUUUCAAAGGGGAAGACGAAAGCCUCAAGCAGGCUCUGUCGAGAACAGACAUCGUAUCAAGACUCUGAAUUGCAUCAUUCACAAAUGACAAUAAGUAAAGGCCCCUAUCCCCCCUCCCCACCCUGCCCAGUACCUUUCAGCUGAGAUUGAAACAACCUGACAAGCUGAAGUGCUUCAGCAAUGUUCUGACUGAAGGCUGGAAUUGCAAGCAAGUGUCACAGAUAAAGUGCCACAAGGGUACUAAGCACAGAGCCUGAUUCUUUGCUUUUGUUGCUAAGAAGCUGCCCCAAGUAGUCAGAAGUGAGAAGGACAAUAUUGUGUAACUAUUUUAAUUGUCCAACUUUUCUAAAACUGGAAAUCAUGUGGCCCCUAAGAUCACCGCAUUGAUUAGUUUCUGCUUUUUUGGUUUUUUUUGGUUUGACAAUUUCUUCGCUUAAUGCCUACUUCAUAUAACUGCAGAAAACUCAAGCACACAAGAGGUUUAUUAUUUUGAUGCGGUUUGUUUCGCUGUUGCAGGGAAUUUAGAUGUUUUUGAAAAUAACAUGAGGGUUUCCUCAUGCAAAUACGAUUCGAAGGGGAAAACAUUCCAAAUUUGGUGAAACAAAUCUUGCUGCAAUUGUGCUGUUAAUCAAGCUAGGAGCACUUCACGACUUUUCCUCUCUGAAUGCAGUGUCGUUGCUUGGAUACCAAGCAAGUAACAUUUCAAAGCGCCCAGUCCUCACUCUAUUGAGUGAGAGCUCCCAAACCAAGGUCGUGAAUCUCCAAGUCUAGUGGCUCUAUAGCUUUAAAACAUAACCUAUUUGAAAAUGUCUUUGGAAGUGUGCACCUGUGUUGUUACUAUGCGAUUCUUUCCUAUCUGAUCUGAACGUUCAAAGGGCUUCCAAUCUGCACAGGGUAUUAUGUGAAUUUAUUUUUACUCUAUCUCAUUGGCAACAGAUGCACGUUGGGGUUACAUGGCGGACCUGCACUGGUGUCUAACCCUUGUACAUCCCUACAGCACUGAUCUGUAUUGCAUGUGUGUGAGGGGCUAUUAGAAUAUUCCACAACCAAUUCAUAAACUGACCAAAUUUUCUUCAUAUAAUUUCUGUAAUCAUUUAUAAAGUGUGUCUCCGUUGAAUGUUGCUUUGCCCAAUGCAAUGACUGCAGCAGCACUAUGACGUUACAUGGUGUGUGCUCAGAAUGCACUCCAGAUGUGCCAGGAAUGGACAACGUAAUAAAAAAAUAACAGCACCAGUGUUAACAAUAAAAAGACAACUUCAAAUAUUGAAUCGUACACUAUUUUGAAUUAUGUGUAAUAUUUCAAUAUUAAUGUAACUAACUUUUGUGAAAAAUUAAAAGCUGAUGAAAGAA